AUGUUACCGACCCGCUUCUAUCUUAUGCUCUGUUGUCUCCUUGCGAGAGCUCGCUCCGACCGCUAUCACGCCGCGACAUCCGAGUACGGCGUACCGGCCUACGCCGCCGAGGCCGCUGAAAUCACUGCCGACUAUUGGGCGGCAGAGGCGCGAGCCGGAAUCGAGGACCGGUUGCACCAGGGGUACUCUGGGGAUACUAGAGCCGCUCGUAAUGUCAUCAUGUUCUUGGGGGACGGCAUGUCGGUGCCGACGAUAACCGCCGCACGCACUUUGCUCGGCCAGCGCGCUGGAAGAACCGGAGAAGAAGCGCAACUGUCAUUUGAAAAGUUUCCCACUGUCGGUCUCAGUAAGACGUACUGCACGGACGCGCAGAUCGCGGACUCCGCGUGCUCGGCGACGGCGUACCUUUGCGGCACGAAAGCCAACGAAGGCACUUUAGGCGUUACUGCUGCUGUACGCCGGCGGGACUGCGCUGCUUCUCAGGUCCCCAGCUCUCGCCUCACUUCCAUCGCCGCCUGGGCUCUCGCCGACGGCAGAGACGCGGGUAUUGUGACGACAGCACGAGUAACACACGCUUCCCCGGCGGGUGCGUACGCACGCUCCGCCAACCGCGACUGGGAGAGCGACACUGACGUGACCACGGACGACGUCGACUCGACUCAGUGUCCCGACAUUGCUUCGCAGCUUGUAAACGAGGAGCCAGGGAAACUCUUUAAGGUGAUAUUAGGAGGAGGAAGACGCGAGUUUUUACCGUCCAGUGUAGUGGACGAAGAAGGAACCAGCGGUAGAAGAAGUGACAACCGCAAUUUGAUCGAGGAGUGGCAGGCCGAUAAGAGGAGUCGUAACGAGACCUUCCGCUAUGUGUGGAACCGUGAGCAGCUCUUGGAGGCGCGCGAGCAGGGUCCGCAAUAUUUGCUCGGGCUUUUCGAAGCCAGCCACAUGCAAUACCACAUGGAGGCUGACAAUCGCACAGAACCUUCGCUCGCCGAGCUUACGGAGACGGCGAUCCGGUUGCUUUCGCGCAAUCAGCGAGGAUUUUUUUUGUUUGUGGAGAGUGGACGUAUCGACCACGCUCAUCAUGAAAACCUGGCCGAGCUGGCAUUGGACGAGACCUUGGCGUUGAGCGCCGCCGUUCAGCGCGCCACCGAGCUUCUGUCAGCCGAGCAGGACUUGCUCGUUGUGACGGCCGAUCACGCGCACGUCAUGGCCUUCAACGGAUACAGCGCCCGUGGCAACAGCGUGUUAGGACCGUCCGGGACGCGGGAUUCGGAUGGCGUGCACUACAUGACUCUGUCCUACACCAACGGCCCGGGGCACCGCGCACCCGGAACGCGCCCUCGAAGCGAUGUCACGCUCGAGCAGGACUACCGGUCGACGCGAUGGAUGUCGCACGUGGAUGUUCCACUGUCGUCGGAGACACACGGCGGCGACGACGUCGGUGUGUUCGCGCGAGGGCCACAGCACGGUCUAUUCGGAGGCGUCUAUGAGCAGAGCCGACUCCCGCACCUCAUGGCCUACGCCACGUGCCUGGGCCCCGAGCCGCACGCCUGCAGCGGCGCCAUAAGCAACGCCGCGUCUGCCGCGCUGCUCGCUUCUGCCGCUCUCCUGCUCGCGUUGUAA